CCCGGCUCGCGGUGGCUGGGUUUCCCUGUGUGCGUCGGCUCCCGGGUGGCUGCCAGGCUGGGGGGACCCGCGCCCGCUCAGAGCCGAGGGGAUGGAGCCCGUGAGCGUUGGCAGCUGCAUCCUUGAGUAGGACUCCUCCUCCUCCCGCUCCCCUGCUUGGAGGACAUGCAACAGCACCUGGCCUGGAGAGAGCUGGAUUCUUGCAUGGUUGAUGUUAGUAGCACUCCAUGGGUGACUGUUUAGCCUGAGUCGAGCAAAUGCUCCCUUCAUUCCACGCAGAAGAGAGUGCUGACUUCACCGGACUUGUUCACCCAAAUGUUUCAGAUGAUAUCUGGCUCUGCAUUAAUUGUUUUUCUUGAAUGGCAUGUGGAACUUCAUAGAAGUCUGAAAUACUGUUUUGCGAACUAAAAGAAGCAGUAGGAAAGCAUGAUGGCUGACAAUAAAACAAAGUCCACUAAACCUGCAAACAAGACUCCUCCAAAGUCUCCUGCAGAUCCGGCAAAAGAGAGAGCAGCCAAAAGGCUAUCUUAUGAGUCAAACAGUUCCCAUGAAGGGGCCAUGGCAGCAGAGCUUAGCGCUCUAGAAGAGGCUUUUAGAAAAUUUGCCAUCCACGGAGAUACCAGAGCCACAGGAAAAGAACUGCAUGGGAAAAACUGGUCAAAAUUAUGUAAGGACUGUCAUGUGAUAGAUGGGAAGAAUGUGACAAUCACGGAUGUUGACAUCGUCUUCAGUAAAAUCAAGGGGAAAUCUUCUAGGACGAUUACUUUUGAUCAAUUUAAGGAAGCUCUUCAAGAACUCUCCAAGAAACGAUUUAAAGACAAGAGCAAUGAGGAAGCAGUUCAAGAAAUACAUAAACUAAUCGAAGGAAAAGCCCCGAUCAUAUCUGGAGUAACGAAAACCAUUUCAUCUCCAACUGUAUCACGACUUACAGACACGUCAAAAUUCACUGGUUCCCACAAAGAGAGAUUUGAUCCAAGUGGGAAAGGAAGAGGCAAAGCAGGACGAGAAGACCUGGUUGACGCGUCGGGCUACGUGCCUGGGUACAAGCAUGCAGGCACAUAUGAUCAUAAAGUACAAGGAAGCAACCCUAGUUCACACGGCCGUUGAGAUCCUGACCUGAAGUCAAUGGGAUUUGCAUCAAGCCCAAAUUGAAGGCCAAGUCCUGCAAGUUGCUGAGCCCCAUCAACUCCUGUUGACUUCACUGUUCAUCACUAGGAAGCUGCCUCAGCUAGUGUGACAGGCUGUACCCACUCCUGCAGGGCGAGAUGUAGGAGCUGUCACGUCUUUGAAAUGCUGCUGAUCCCACAGAGUGUCAAGGCUUCAAAGAGUGCUGCUGUGCUCUACUGCUACACAAGUGUGGCAGGGCACAGAAAUGAAGAGAUUCAAAGUUGUGGCUCUGGGUGUUUGAGAAGCCUUACAACAUAAAGGAACUGACUGUGUACAGGAGUUCCAUGUUUGGAGAGUGUGCAGAUCCGGACCCUAAGGCUAGUGGGUGCAGGUUGCAGUUAGAUUUUCCCAGUUGGGGGUGGUCAGACAAUUAUUUAAUGAGAGUUGAUGUUGCAAGUCAAAAAGGUAGCUUUGCAACCAUUAAAACACAAAUUGUAGAAUCAUAGAAUAUCAGGGUUGGAAGGGACCUCAGGAGGUCAUCUAGUCCAACCCCCUGCUCAAAGCAGGACCUAAUCCCAACUAAAUCAACAUCAUAUGUCGUAAUACACAAAGUAAAUAUCCUUAAAUUCUAGUAAGUUCUCAAGCAGCAUUUUUCUUACGUUGCCUAUUGAUAAAUUUUGAUGAUUAUCUAUGGAAAUAUUUUCUGUUGGUUCGUGUGUGCGAUGACAUGGACGUUUACCAACAUAUAAAGAUAAAAAUUGAAUCCUUCCAAGCCCACCAAAGUUCCUACCAAAAGAAACAUGCUCUAAAAGGGCCUUAUCCAAAGAGCAUUGAAGUCAAUGGAAAGUCUCCUAUUGACUUCAAUAGGCUUUGGAUCAGGCCUUAAGAAAAUAACACCGACAGCAACAUUAUAGAUUGACAGAAGCAUUUAUAUGUUAAAUGCGUAUUUAUUUUAAUAUUUUUUCAAUUGUUAAUUUUUAAAAGCUAAAUAGAACAGGUGAAGAAAAGUUACUUUAAAAUGAGGGUGAAGAGGGGAGAUAGUAGGAAAGAAAAUCUUUUGUGUUAAGUCUUUUCUCUGCUGCUAACUGGAGGUGAGAACACAAAACAGACACUUACUUUCUCAGAUUCAGUGUCUACCUAGCCCUUACAAAGGUGCUCAGUGUGAGAAGGAUGCAAAGAGCCUGCCCCUUGUGUAGCCUGCAUGAGGGCCAGGCACAGUUGCAGCCCCUGCACUUGGAGAGCAGGGUGUGUGGAGGAUAACAGCCAUAUGUGUCGGAGGCAGCAGGCUGCACCCCAUUAAGCGGUGUAGUAGGUAUGCUUCUAUUGUGCAUCAUUACUCUAGGCAGGGUAAAUGGCAUGGUCCCGUGUCAGGAUUUGUGUACAUUGCAGGUUUUCUGCUUGUGAUCUUUUUCCAUGCAUCUAAGUCCGUUCCAUCUCACUGGGCAUUCACGUCAGUCUGAUUUGAAGCACCCAAUGCUUCUCAGUUCAUACACACACAAAAGUCACUGUACAAAUCUUGCAGUCCUCACCUUUUGUUUUCAUUUAUAAUUUGAUUUUGCAUCCUUUGAAGUUCAUAGUAUUGAAACAUGACAAGAUACUUCAAAUGUGAUAUGGCAGAUAUCAAAAUCUGUAUUUUAAAAACAAAUCAAACACAAUUUAAAAAUAAAUUGCAUUCAUGGGCAUAGUUUGCAACUCGUCCCCCCCCCCCCCCAAACUGCAAGCUUGGGGCAGGCACUGUGGGCCUGACUGGAGCUGCCCUCUUCCCCCCAAAAUAUAGAAGUCAUACUAUGCCUACGAUUCCAUUAACACUAAGGCAGGGCCCAGUCCUGCAAAGCCUUACACUUGUGCUUAAUUUUACGCCCUGUGUGCAAAGUUAAGCACAUGCAUUGUUAGUCUUUUCAGGCUCAGGGCCCAAGAAAUUAAAGUGCUGACUGGGGGAAACAAAUCGAUUUUUAAAAAGUGAAGUUACACAAAAAUCAGAUUUGAUUCUUGCUUUAGUGCUAGUUUAAUAAAUGAUUUUUGAGUACAUGAUGUGCUUUAAUGUUUAGUCAGCAUAGUUCUCUCACGCUUUAGGAUUUCUUCCCUGUAAUCUCAUUUAUAUAAAGCAGUCAGUAAUGAAAGUUUUUGUCCUUUUAUUUAUGGCCAUGGAAGCUGUAACAGCCUUACGAUAUCACAUGCAUUUAAAAGGGCAAUUUUGCUUUAACAACUCUUCUGCAUGACCAAUUACAUGAUGAAUUGUAAUCAAAUAUUUUUAUGAGUCCAGAUUAAGUAAAUAUUUUACACAGGGGAGACUGGCCAGGAUAAAGCCACCAGAUUUAUAUUUGCAGUUCACCAAAAUUUCCUAGUAACUGUGUGGCUUCAGUAAGAGAUUUAUUGUUGGUUUUCUGUUUGGUAUCUUUAAACUCAAAAGCCUCUUCAUAGUUUUCAGCAGUUUAGGCAUUCCCAUCCAAAGAUCUUUUUGGCUAAAGCACGGCACCAGUGCAUUUUAUUGACUCUGUGUGGACAAGAAAACAUGCUGGGGUUAUAGAAGGCCUGAACCCUGAAUAAAUAUUUUGAACAAUGCUUGUUUUUUUCCCUCCAGUAGCUCUAUUAAUUUUUUUUAAUUUACAGCAUCUGACAUUUCAUUUCAUGCUUCAGAUCUAGAAGUAAUUUUUACUGACUUGGUUUGCAGUGCUGGUUGUACCUUCAUAUGUUUUUUCUAGAGACGCAUUAUCCUUCCCAAAACGUCUUAAAACUAAUUUGAAAAUCAAUUUUUAUUUCUUUUAGGCUAUUAACUGUUACAAAAUAAAGUUUGAUUCUUUGUGCCUCGGUGUGCAAUGCCGUACUGCUGUUCAAAGCAUAAUCCUGCCUUAUGGUGAUGUAUGUAUGUACUUGUUGGGGGCGUCUAUCUGUGUCCUGUUUGUAAUCCCGAAUAAGUGUUCUCUGCCCUCCAUUGGCCAAGAACCAUUUUGACCUCAUAAUAAGGAGAAAAUGUAAUGUUGUUGCAUGCAUUAGCACAUGCCCUCCAAACUAUUAGUCUUCGGUGUGUGCCAAAGUAACCACACCUUUUUGUACAUUCUAUUUGUAGUGCAAACUAUAAGUACUUUACUUACCCUGCCAAUUACUCAGUAGUGAGUAAUACUAUACACAAAAUUUGUACAUGUUUUGUAAGCAGGUGUGUACGUGUGUGUACCUACACUGUAGAUGUAACUAGUAUUUGUGCCAUCUGGGUGCUGAUCCAAAACUUAAAGCUAUUGGGGCCAAAUCCUGGCCCUCCCACCAAACCGGACCAGAGCUGUGUGGCUUGGCCUGGCUAUGACACUGCAAAGCCCUCUCCAUACAAUGGAGGACAGAAAUCCCGGUCAGGGCAGCUCUAUAGCUCCUGCACAGAUGUCUAACCCGUUCCUGGUUCUGGGGGGCCAUGUCCACAACUGUCCCUCACUGGACUACAUUGCAGGGCAGCUGCAGAGUAGAGGAGGUAACAUCACAGGAGCACUUCCUCCCUGAUGUUCCACUGGGAAAGGAAACAGCUGUCAGUCAGGGUGAGGACAGUAGGUCAUCAGAAUGGAUGCCCUCACAUGCCCCCGGGCAACAUUUUACAAUUAUCCAUGGCAGGGAGCCCCGAAUCAUACUCUGAGCUCUUUGGCCUCAUGCACUUUUGCACCCCUUUUUUUGUUAAGCAGGUCUGCAGUUACUGUACAGAACACUACACCAGGCCAGCCAUCCUCAGCAACAAUCAUGGGGUGGGGGGAGGACUAAUAAUGUGUCCUUUUACUCCUGUGGAACAGGGCUUGAGGUGUGGGCCCAUAAUUAUUACACAAGACCAAAAAGUAACGUUCAAAAUAUGAAACAUCAGUGCAGAGAGAUCAAACUCACACUAAACUCAUAAUAAAUGCUACAAGCCACAUAAUCAAACUGGGUGCCUCAGCUGGACACCUAAAUAAAUCCCACAUUGGCACUUGAUGCCCACAUGCCCAUUGGCGCACCCAAAUAUUUGAAAAUAGUGCCUAGACUGUUUUCAUAUUUUUAUCCAUAAAGCCAGCAAGAGACACUCUACCACCAUCACAAUCACUUGCUAGAUCCCCAAAGCAAUGGCAAUAUAAGAAGGAAGCUCUUGAAACUUUGACUUUCAAACUAGUGAUGGGGCAGCCUCCGAAGGUUUGGAUGUGCUGCAGACAGAACCUCCAUUGCCCAAGAACUGAUCAUGACAUCAGGAGCUGUGGGAAUACCGCAAGGACAGCUAUUUUUCAUAGUUUUCCAAUAUUUCCUCAUCUAUAUUGCUCUGAAGCCAGAGAGGUGGAUUUCAAAACAAGGUAAAAAGACAUGUCUAAUUUUAGUUUUUGUUAACCUUGAAAAAAGGAUUGGAAUUAGUUUGGGUUUUGGAUUAGCUCUUAUUUCAUUCAAACUACCUUCCUCUUUCCUGCUUAUGUGGGGUAAGUGGAUUUUUGCUAUAACACAAAGCAAUUUGAUUAAAAAUAAGGAAAAUAGCCGUGAGUACAUUUACUGGAUAUUGACACAUGCAUGGUAUUACUGAUGUGUUCUAAUGCCAUUCUGAAAUGGCUAUUAUACUGUACCAUCUUUUCUCAUGUAUACAGAUCUAUUUGGGCAAGUGUAAACAGUAUAUAAACAAAUGCCAAGAUUAUCCAAAGUUGCUGUCUAAAGUUAAGCUCCUAAAUUCCUAUUUAAGAUCCAAAUAACUGGCCUGAUUUUGAAAAGUGCUGAUCAUCCAGCACUCUCCACUGAAGUCAAUCACUCAUUGGUUGAUGAGUUCAUUUUUGAAAUAUAUGUAUAAGCAUCUGUUAACUUCCGGAAUAACUGAAAAGUACAUGGCACUUGAUGGAAGCCGUUUCCAUUGUACUGUUAAUGUUUUUCUGAAUAUAUGUUUUAAAGAGACCCGUCACUUAGUGGUUAUUUCAGCCAGUGUUCUUAAUAAUGCAUGCUCAAGAUUCAAUUACUUUUGAUUUUUAGUGCCACAUGAAUAAAGUUAUAUUCAAAUUAACUAAAAAUACAGCCUUGAAAAAAUAUACUCACGUGCCUCACAUAACUCUCCAUUUUAAUCAGGAGUUAUUCUAUGGAUGGUUUAAAAAAAAUGAGGAAAGACAGAAAGGUGAUCUACUUCCAGAUGAUGGUGCAUUAUUUCAGGUUCCAGUUUACAGUAGAUGAAUUUGUGUUGGUACUUGCUCAAGUGCUAUUUUAAACAAAGUAAUUUUAAAAAUGUGAAAUAGUUCAACUGUUAAAGACAGUUCGUGUUAAUAGAGCCAUCAAAUAUAGCUUUUUAUUUUUCUGUGGUAAAUUAUUCUUACUAACUAUAUAUACACACAUCUUUUAUAAAGGCCUUGUGUAAAAGCCUGGACACACACACAAGAACCUAAACCUGUUGACAAAGUACAUUCACUAAGCAAUGAAUUACAUAAAGUCACAAAGUCAAAGACAACAACAAAUUAUAGUAUAUAACAUGAGUGUGUUUUCUGUGUGCUGGAUUCAGAAUAUAUUAGCCUCAGCAGACGACUCAACUGGGAGGUUUUCCCCCAUAUUGCCAAUAGUAUAAGAUGGUCUGUUUGUCUCAAAAUGCUGCCGAUUAAAGAAAUGGUCAAUAAUGGGUAUAUAGGUUGAGGUUUAUCCUUACAAGAUUUAAUCAUGUCAUAAAUUUAAACAUCACCGGAAAAAUAUAUAUUUAUACAGAAGAGUAUUUUUUGAAUUCAGUUUCUGGGUGUUUUUUAUAAUUCAUUUUCAGCCAUGGCCAUUUAUUUAUGCAUAUUAUCCAUUGCUCUUUAAUUACAUCUUUUAUCUGUCUCAUCCUGUUCCAAUAUACACAUCUGAUUUGGCUUAUAUUGUCUUGGAUCUACAUAUGUCUGGAUGUGCUUACUGCAGGACCUGCCCACUAGUGUGGAAGGAGAAUUGCUUUGGCUAGAGUAGUAGCGGCAAUCUGUGUUAGAUAGUUGUUUGCAACAUGGAGAUGGGUCUUGUUCUUGUUUUCCUUGGAGCCGUGUACAGCCUGAUAAGUAGCUAAAAUUAAUCUUAUCAUUUCUUGUUCCUGUUUUGUUAUGUCUUUCGUCUUGGCCCAGAAAACCAGGAAGCUGCUGUGUACUUAUGAUUACCUUUAUACUCAAUGUUUAGUAUUGCAAACAUUAACAUUCAUCUGUACUAGCAUACUGUGUCCACUGUGAAAUUUUCAACAUUGUAAAAACCUAAGAUCAUUUAACCUUACAAGUUUACUUUUUUCUGACUAAUUUAUCACUGAUUUUUUUUUCAUUAUUGCAAAUGAACAAUUUGAGUGUAGCAUUUCUUAAUUUUUACUGUAGUGGCUAAACAUACUGCGGUAUUUAACCUCUUGGUGAAGGGAGCCAGGCAUUUUUCAUUGCAGAAAACACUGGCAGAAAACAGAAUGCUGGCCCCACUGAAGUCCAUGGCAAAAGUCCCAUUGACAUCAAUGGGGGACAGGAUUUCAUCUGCUGGCUUUAAUGGCAGGAAAAAUGGACCCACCAGUGCGCCAAGGGGUUAGUAGCUAUGACAGAGGUUAGAGGGGAGCACAUCAGUGAUUCUCUGUUCCCAUAUCUUAGUUUCAUUUCAACUACUAUUCAAUCUAACAAAAAAAAUAAAGAAAGAAACUUGAAAGGGAAUCAUAUACUACUAGUUUGUACUAGGUUUUUUUUUCAGGAAAAAGGAAACAUAUAUAUAUGCAAUAUAUUUUUACACUGUUUAAUAAUGCUAUAAAGUAUUAAAUAUAUCACUUUAUCAGUGUGAAUGUUAAAGUAAUGACAAUGUUAUGGAUGUUUAAACCUUUUAAAGUUGUCUUGCUGAUUUCUAAAACCACAUUAACCAUGGACAAGCUACUUUGUCAAGUAAACAACAUUAUUCCUGAUGAUUAGAGGAAAAGUUUGAGUAUGGCAGUAGUCUGUUUAGCACUGUAAAAGCUUGGUUUGAAAACUUUUAGUAAAAUUCGUAUUGUAUACGCCAUUGUUUCUUAGGAGUAUUGCUUUUCAUAAUGUAUGUUAUUGCUACUGAUUGUAUAAAAUUGUAUCUUAAGUCGGUAAAGUGAUCAAUAAAUCUGUUAAUACAUGUUA